CCUCUCUCUCUUCCUCCUCUGUCCGCCUCUUUCUAUAUUCUCUCUCAUUGAUUGGCAGAGAGAUGCUUUAUGUGUAAACUCUUUCAUUAAAGCAGCUGAGAAAGUCCUUGUGUUUUUUUCUGUUAUUUGUCUGAAACUUUGUGCUUUGAACAGAUAAACAGCCAAAACGCCCUGUGAACCUGCACACAACUCUCUCUUUCUGUUACAGCCUUCGUUUUUUUCCCUGAAAACCGACUUGGGCUUCUGCUUAUCUCUCUGCUUUAGUACAAAGGGAUGCUUAUUGAUCAUGUGGCUGAGCCUCAGCCUCUUCUCCAGUUGACCCCACUUGGGAAUUCCAGUGACAAAAUUGUAUUGCUGGGUUUCAAUUCAUAGUUCUAUUGGGAAUAGAUUUCAAGUGAAGAUCAAAUUUUGAAGAUCUGGUUCCAAUCACUUUUAGUGAUAGUUCAUAUUGGUUUUCUUUGAGUUUUUCUAUUAUAGCUUUAUGAAAGCUGCAGAAUCAUUUGAAAUUUCAAUGGCUUCAAGAGUGGAGAUUGAUGAAGAUAGUGAUACCAACAAAGGCAGUAUGUGGGUUUUGGAUCAGAAGCUUGACCAACCCAUGGAUGAGGAGGCUGGCAGGCUUAGAAAUAUGUACAGGGAAAAGAAGUUCUCUGCACUAUUGCUUAUGCGGCUUGCAUUCCAAAGUCUUGGAGUGGUUUUUGGAGAUUUGGGUACUUCUCCCUUGUAUGUUUUCUACAAUACGUUUCCUCAUGGAAUUUCAGACCCGGAGGAUGUGGUUGGAGCUCUUUCAUUGAUUAUAUACUCUCUUACUCUUAUUCCGCUCCUCAAGUAUGUGUUCGUUGUUUGUAGGGCGAAUGACAGUGGUCAAGGUGGAACAUUUGCUCUUUAUUCAUUGCUCUGCCGACAUGCAAAUGUAAAAACUAUUCCUAACCAACACCGGACUGAUGAAGAGCUAACAACGUAUAGUCGUUCUACUUUCCAUGAACAAUCAUAUGCUGCAAAAACCAAGAAGUGGUUGGAGGGGCAUGCAUCAAGGAAGAAUGCCCUUCUUCUUCUGGUCCUCGUUGGCACUUGUAUGGUGAUUGGUGAUGGGAUUCUUACUCCAGCUAUAUCUGUUUUAUCAGCUGCUGGUGGGAUCAAAGUAAGCAGCCCUGGCAUGAAAAAUGAUUAUGUCAUACUUGUUGCUGUUGUAAUAUUAGUAGGCUUGUUUAGCGUACAGCACUAUGGUACAGAUAAAGUUGGUUGGCUCUUUGCUCCCAUUGUGCUUCUUUGGUUUCUCUUAAUUGGAGGUAUUGGCAUAUUCAACAUCUGGAAACAUGACAGUAGUGUUUUGAGAGCUUUUUCGCCCGUCUAUAUAUAUCGGUAUUUUAAAAGGAAUGGGAGAGAUGGUUGGACUUCCCUUGGAGGUAUCAUGCUUAGUAUAACAGGGACUGAAGCACUCUUUGCCGACCUUGCCCAUUUUCCAGUUUCAGCUGUACAGAUUGCUUUCACUACGGUUGUGUUUCCUUGCCUUCUUUUAGCCUAUUCUGGUCAAGCUGCGUACCUUAUGAAAAAUCAUGACAACAAAACUGUGCUUCAAGCAUUUUAUCUUUCCAUUCCAGAGAAAAUAUAUUGGCCAGUCUUCAUUGUUGCGACUCUAGCUGCAGUAGUUGCAAGUCAAGCAACUAUAUCGGCGACUUUUUCAAUAAUUAAGCAGGCUCUUGCACUUGGCUGUUUUCCUAGAGUCAAAGUUGUACACACAUCAAAGAAGUUCCUCGGCCAAAUAUAUAUUCCAGAUAUUAAUUGGAUUCUUAUGAUUCUUUGCAUUGCUGUGACUGCUGGAUUCAAAAAUCAAAGCCAAAUUGGAAAUGCGUAUGGGACGGCAGUUGUCGUGGUCAUGCUAGCAACCACACUGCUCAUGACUCUAAUCAUGAUAUUAGUGUGGCGCUGUCAUUGGAUUCUUGUCCUGAUAUUCACUGGUUUGUCACUGGUUGUGGAAUGCACUUACUUUUCCGCUGUCCUCUUCAAGGUUGAUCAAGGUGGAUGGGUUCCUCUUGUGAUUGCAGCUGCCUUUCUUCUCAUCAUGUAUGUUUGGCAUUAUGGUACAUUGAAACGUUAUGAGUUUGAGAUGCACAGUAAGGUUUCAAUGGCAUGGCUUCUUGGACUUGGCCCCAGUUUAGGACUGGUUCGGGUCCCUGGGAUAGGACUUGUGUACACCGAGCUUGCAAGUGGAGUGCCUCACAUCUUUUCCCACUUCAUCACCAACCUGCCUGCGAUCCAUUCGGUUGUCGUCUUUGUUUGUGUGAAGUAUCUUCCUGUAUACACUGUCCCAGAAGAAGAAAGAUUCCUUGUAAAGCGGAUUGGCCCCAAGAGUUUCCACAUGUUCCGUUGUGUUGCAAGAUACGGUUACAAAGACCUCCACAAGAAAGAUGAUGACUUUGAGAAAAAACUCUUCGACAACCUUUUCAUGUUUGUCCGGCUUGAGUCCAUGAUGGAGGGGUGUUCAGACUCGGAUGAGUACAGUAUAUAUGGCCAGCAAACUGAGAGGUCAAUGGAAGGCCUAAUAAAUAAUAAUGGCAACACAAUUGGAUCGACUGCAGACCUUACUAUCUCAUCAGUGGACUCAAUUGUGCCUGCUAAAUCUCCAUUGCAUGCAAACAAUACUAUGAGUUCAUCCAGUCAACUGAGCAUGCAGAAUGAGAUUGAUGAGCUAGAAUUUCUGAAUAAUUGUAGAGAUGCUGGGGUGGUGCAUAUACUUGGGAACACGGUUGUGAGAGCAAGGAGGGAUUCCAGGUUCUACAAAAAGAUAGCUGUUGAUUACAUUUAUGCAUUUCUUAGAAAAGUUUGCAGGGAGCACAGUGUGAUCUUCAAUGUUCCUCAUGAGAGUCUUUUGAAUGUUGGACAGAUUUUCUAUGUGUAAAUUUUCUGUCUAUCGUCAAUGAAACUUAUAUCAUACUGUAAAUGCCGAUUGUUUCACUUUUGUUGCAUUUUAAAUCAUAUUGGGAAUGCAAUUAAAAAGUAAAGAAAUGUUGAGAAAAUCUUGACAAAUGGGAUAUCUGUUUGUGCUACUCCUGUUGAACAUGGGGAAAUAUAUACGUUGUGGUAAAUUUUCAAUAA